UGGCCGUUCUAAUCAGCGGUUUCCCAUUCAGUUAGCGGUUAUUUAUCUACCGGCGACCUCUGGAACGUCACUGCGCUUUAGCUCCUCGUGUAUUUUAUUUUUACCGACUCACAGCAUCUAUUCGGCUCAUUUAACAUCGCUCCUUAGUUUCAUUUUAACAUUAUAUGUGGAGCUGAAAUGUGGAGGCGUGCGGAAAUCCAUUGAGAUUACCAGGUUUCUGCACCACAGAACUUCACAGGUCAUUUUAUUUUCCAGGGGUGAAACCAGGAGGCGUAACCGUGGCGUGUUUAGGGCGGAGUGGAUCUCUUCUAGCAAUAACAGGGCGUGUAAGGAAGUUAUACAGGCGGAUAGAGAACAACAGUCACUUCAGUUUAACAAAGCAUUCUUCCAGCUGCAACAUGCCUGCUCAAAAGGUCUGCAUCGUUGGAUCUGGGAACUGGGGAUCCUCCAUCGCCAAGAUCAUUGGCCACAAUGUCAAAGGAUCCAACCGAUUCGACCCCAUGGUGAACAUGUGGGUCUAUGAGGAGAUCAUUGAUGGCAAGAAGCUCACAGAGAUCAUCAACACUGAGCAUGAAAAUGUGAAAUAUCUGCCAGGUCACAAGCUGCCCAAGAAUGUGGUUGCUGUUCCCGACAUCACUGAAGCCGUGAAGGGGGCGAAGGUUCUCAUCUUUGUGAUCCCCCACCAGUUCAUCGGUAAACUCUGUGACGAGAUGAAGCCUCAUGUGACAGAUGGAGCCAUGGGAAUAUCCCUCAUCAAAGGCGUCGAUGAGGGUCCAGACGGGCUGAAGCUCAUCUCGGAUAUCAUCCGAGAGAAGCUGGAGAUCGAGGUCAGCGUCCUGAUGGGGGCCAACAUCGCCAAUGAGGUGGCGGAUGAGAAAUUUUGUGAAACUACCAUCGGGGCCAGAAAUGAGAGGCAUGGCCAGUUGUUCAAAGAGCUGCUGCAGACGCCGAACUUCCGCAUCACCGUUGUGCCCGAGAGCGACACGGUGGAGCUGUGUGGAGCCUUAAAGAACAUCGUGGCGGUAGGCGCCGGGUUCUGCGAUGGCCUCGGUUUUGGUGACAACACCAAGGCGGCGGUGAUCAGGCUGGGGCUGAUGGAGAUGGUGGCCUUCGCCAAGCUGUUCUGCAAAGGCGAGGUGAGCUCCGGGACCUUCCUGGAGAGCUGCGGCGUGGCGGACCUGAUCACCACCUGCUACGGAGGAAGGAACCGCAGGGUGGCGGAGGCCUUUGUCAAAACGUCCAAAUCUAUCGUCGAGCUGGAGGCGGAGAUGCUCAAUGGCCAGAAGCUCCAGGGUCCACAGACUUCGGCUGAGGUCUACAAGAUUUUGGAGAAGCGAGACAUGGUCAAGAAGUUUCCUCUGUUUGCUGCCGUCUACCAGAUUUGCUAUGAAGGGAAGGAGGUGAAAGAGUUCAUCACCUGUCUGCAGAACCACCCUGAGCACAUGUAGGGGUUUACUGUGAAGGUUUCUCCUUCUGCAACCUCAACUUCCCACCACUAGAGGGAGGCAGAGAUUCACUAAACAGAAACAUACAAUACAGCAUCUAAUCAGGCACCUGAAGAGGAUUUUCAACAGAUCUUAUGGUGUUUUUUUUUAUUUUUUUUUUAGCUUUGUGGGAACAUUUAUUUAUAUGAAUUAUCUUUGUUCAUAUUUUAAUAAGUCCAAAUAAGGCAACUGCCUCAUUCAUAUUACUCCCUGAAGUGUCUUCACUUUUUUUUUUACUUUUUUAUCACUACAUGAUGUAUAUCACUGAUGUCAGAAAACCAGCAAUGGAUGUUGUUAUUUUUUUUUGUAUCUGGAGUUGUUUU